UAAUAAUUUGAUGUCAAUCUAUUUCUCAUAUAUAACUUAUUUAAAUAAUGAUAGAGAAACAAGAGGGCCAAUGGGGAGGAUUUAACCCGAGUAGAUAUGUUCUUGUUGACACAUACAUGCAAGAAUGGGAUGCCUGUGGAUGAGGCCUCAGCAAGAGCAAUGGAACAAUUAAAUGAACGAACUUCGCAGCAGCCAAAAGCUUCACAUAACAGCACUGCGAGGAAAGUUAUAUUCUCGGAAGUCAUGGGUGACGAACGGCAUGGCCGUGUCCGCACUUACGGGUUAGGUCCCUCUCCUUCUGAUAUAUAGGGCACAAUAUCCCACAGUGUCCAGUCCCAAGGGAUGACCUCCAAUGCUCAGAAGAUAGAUGAACAAUAUGAGGAAUUGCAUGCUGAAAUAUCUUCCCUAAGAGAAACUAUGGCUGAUAGAGAUGCUCAAAUAUCUUCACUAAGAGAAACUAUGGCUGAUAGAGAUGUUCAAAUAUCUUCACUAAGAGAAACUAUGACAACAUUGAUGGCUGCCAUAACGAAUCCAAGCAUUAAUCUAGCUACAUUAUUAGGUAUUUCAGCUAAUCUCAACUUGAACCAACCCUCCUCAUCAUCAAGCCACUUGGUUCCAACCCCUCAGAGAGACUUGGUGAAUAAGGGGAAUUCUACGAGUUGCACUAAUGUGACUCAAGUUCUUCUUAAGAGUAUUGUAAGGCCUGGGGAUACUGUAGCUAAAGGAACCGUUUUGAGCACGGAUCCAUUGCCAAAGUAGGGGGGCAAAAACUUGGAGUUGGUUUCUGGGAAGUAUCUAUUCAAGUGGCAAUGGUACAUGAUGAGGAUUUGAUAAGGACCCAUGGACGAUAUAAAACAAUUGGGGAUGAAAUUGGAACGAGUAUUGCU